GAAAGACAGGCCCUUUACCCGAUGAACCCUUUAGUUGCCAAAUCUUUUUUCUUUGCCAAUUUAAAGUAACCGCCAACAGGAACAAAUAACAAACGCCUCUAACUGCUAGAAGAACUAGAAGGCGCUGAUGGCCUGUAGGUUCUGUUUACGUUGCGUUGCGUCUGCGUGUGUGGGGUUGGUGUUGUCGUCUGUCACGUCUGUUGAUAAAGCAAUGGAGCAAGUGGAGGCUAGUAUUCGAAAGCUACUCAAUGGAGAAAUUCUAGAGGAUGAAGACGAACUUUGUGAUUUUACAUUAGCAGCACAAAAUGAGGCGACAGCUGCUAAAGGUGUCACUCCUACAACACCAUCUGAUUAUGUGCCUAUUUUGGGAAAUACUGUAACAUAUAUAGUUAUGGGAGUGCUGUUUAAUUCUCAAGGUGAGGUGCUUAUGAUGCAAGAGGCUAAAAGUUCUUGUGCAGGGCAAUGGUAUUUACCUGCAGGAAGAGUUAACCCUGGAGAAAAUCUAGAGGAAGCUGUCGUCAGAGAGGUAUUAGAAGAAACUGGUCUAGAAAUGCAGCCUACUACAUUAUUGAUGGUUGAAUGUGCUAGCAAGGCAUGGUUCCGAUUUGUUUUUGCAGGAACCAUAACAGGUGGACGGCUUAAAACACCCGCUGAUGCUGAUAGUGAGUCACUUCAAGCAAAAUGGAUUCAAGAUAUAAAUGAGCUGAGCUUAAGAGCAUCCGAUAUUCACAAUAUAAUUGAAAUGGCUCGUGGUCACUACAGUAUAAUUGCUAAUAAUCAACCUAUUCAUGCAAAUCUUGUGCCAGUAGUUAAGGCUCAUAAAAAGUUGUUGCUGAGGCUUGUGGUGUGUGCAAGACAAAAAAGCAGCAAUCGUCUCCAUAUAUUACUCUCUGAGAAGACUGAAGUGCAUUUGCCUAUGUGUGAAAUAAACCACAACAGAAAUCUCCACUCAUUACUUCAUAAAUUUAUGAUUGAAAUAUUUGGAGCUGAUGUCCCUGCACACAAACCUCAUGGUUUAAUGUCCGUGGAGCAUUGUGGGAGACCAGAGGCUAUGCAUGAUGGUCUUUGUCUCACAGUGCUGGUGUCCUUCAGGGUUCCAUUAGAAGAGGUUUUCCCAAUUGAUAAGUACAAUUGGUUCCAAAUUUCAAAAGAUCUAGCAGAGAAGUUAUUGGCAUGCCUUCCAAGAAACAUGACACUCCCCCUGAAUGUGAUUCGGUAGUUUCUCCCAGUUGGGGGCAUGUUGGGAGUAGGAAUGAACUUAAUGUUUUGCAGUAUUGCCUGAUUGAUAUUAUGGACUUUGUUGUUUAGUAACUGGUGAUGGGGAAACAAUUAUGCAGUCAAGGCCAGUUUCUUCACUGAAAUAUUACAAGAUGUAGUGUCCUAUAAUCAAAGUGUAACUCUGAAUUUUAAUAAUUGUAUUUUUAGUGGGCUCUGGAAGUUCUAUUCAUACUCCACAUACAAGAAGUACUCUGAAAUUAAGAGCCAUCCAAUUUUCUUUCCUAAUCAUGUUUGUAUUGUAAAUUUGGUCUUUAGCUUUGAAAGAAUCUCAUAUCAUGUUCAUUAACACAUCACAAUAAUCUCACUUAACCCUUAACCACUGUACAACUUUCAUCUGUACUGCAUCUUUCCAGUUGUUUCUACCUUUUGUAUGUUCCCUCCAAAAAGGCUUGAGAAAUUCUGUUUCAUUCUCAACAGUAUGGUUUGAUGGAGUGUAUUUGGCUUUAUCUAUCUUUGUCCAUUUUUAAGUAAAGUACCUGAGGCAUA